CUUUCUCCUCCUCCCUCUUCUUCACCACCCCGAUUCUCCUUCUUUUCCUCUGUGCUCCUGGCUCGGAAGUGCCAGGCUGGCAGCUUCCUCCAUCCCAUGCGGGGGACUCCAGAUCCUUUGCCUAAAAGUCCUUGUUGAUGGAUGUGGUGGCCAGAGGCACCACAAACCGCAGAAGCCGAUUGAAACGAUCCGAUGGCAGUACCACCUCGACCAGUUUCAUCCUCAGACAGGGUUCAGCAGAUUCCUACACAAGCAGACCAUCUGAUUCAGAUGUCUCUUUGGAAGAGGACAGAGAAGCGAUCCGUCAGGAAAGAGAACAGCAAGCAGCCAUUCAGCUUGAAAGGGCAAAGUCCAAGCCUGUAGCCUUUGCCGUCAAGACCAACGUGAGUUACUGCGGAGCUCUCGAUGAAGAUGUGCCUGUCCCCAGUACUGCCAUCUCCUUUGACGCCAAGGACUUCCUGCACAUUAAAGAGAAAUACAACAAUGAUUGGUGGAUAGGGAGGCUGGUUAAGGAGGGCUGCGAAAUCGGUUUCAUUCCGAGCCCCCUUCGACUGGAGAAUAUCCGGAUUCAGCAGGAGCAGAAAAGAGGACGCUUUCAUGGAGGGAAAUCGAGCGGAAAUUCGUCUUCCAGCCUCGGCGAAAUGGUAUCGGGAACGUUUCGAGCUACGCCCACUUCGACUGCAAAGCAGAAGCAAAAAGUGACGGAGCACAUUCCUCCCUACGAUGUCGUGCCAUCCAUGAGGCCAGUGGUGUUGGUGGGUCCGUCACUGAAAGGUUAUGAGGUGACGGACAUGAUGCAGAAAGCCCUCUUUGACUUCUUGAAGCACAGGUUUGAUGGGAGGAUAUCAAUAACCAGAGUGACAGCUGACAUUUCUCUCGCCAAGAGGUCUGUCCUAAACAAUCCCAGCAAGAGAGCAAUAAUUGAACGGUCGAACACCCGCUCCAGUUUAGCUGAAGUGCAGAGUGAAAUUGAAAGAAUCUUCGAGCUGGCAAGAUCCUUGCAACUGGUUGUCCUGGAUGCAGAUACUAUCAAUCAUCCAGCACAGCUUAUAAAGACUUCUUUAGCUCCAAUUAUCGUCCACGUGAAAGUAUCAUCUCCGAAGGUUUUGCAGCGGCUGAUUAAAUCCAGAGGAAAGUCCCAAAGUAAACACUUAAAUGUUCAGUUAGUGGCAGCUGAUAAACUUGCACAAUGUCCCCCGGAAAUGUUUGACGUCAUUUUGGAUGAGAACCAGCUUGAGGAUGCAUGUGAGCACUUGGCAGAAUACCUUGAGGCCUACUGGCGGGCCACCCACACAACGAGCAGCACCCCCAUGACGCCCCUGCUCGGGCGAAACCUGGGCUCCACGGCGCUUUCCCCCUACCCCACCGCCAUUUCAGGAUUACAGAGCCAGCGCAUGAGGCACAGCAACCACUCGACGGAGAACUCUCCCAUUGAACGACGAAGCCUAAUGACCUCUGACGAAAACUAUCACAACGAGAGGGCCCGGAAGAGUCGGAAUCGGCUGUCUUCCAGUUCCCAGCACAGCCGAGAUCAUUAUCCUCUUGUGGAAGAGGAGUACUCUGACUCCUACCAGGACUCUUACAAACCACAUAGGAACCGAGCCUCUCCCGGGGGAUAUAGCCAUGAUUCCCGACACAGGCUUUGAGUUUAAGACCUCCCCUCCUCUCCCGCCGGGGGAAGGAAUUCAUCCCCAUCCCUCGACCACUUGCCAUCCCAUAUCUAGGACCAACCAACUAACUUAACAUGGCAGGUACAGCGCAGCUUGGCUGUGCUUACAGGCUGCUGACAUUGGCUACUGAAUAAGGGGCAAAAAAUACACAUCCUUCCCUCUCGUUUAUGUGGAAACGAAUUGCCCAAUCGUACAGUUUUUUUGGUUUUGUUUUUAGUGUGACAUCCACAUUAGCACAGACCUUUUUUUCCUUCAUUAGGUAUUAGACACAUCAGUGUGUAAUUUAGGGUAUUUACCAAGGCACAUAUAAAAUAAUUUCCUGUGCUGGAAAUUCCAAAUGACCAGUUCCAGUUGGAACCAAUUUAUAAACCAAUUCCUGUUGGAAUUUGGGUGAAUUUGACUGGAAAGUCUACUUGAGCAUGUUGCAAUCAAUUGAAAAAUUUGAAAAAAAGAAUGCUAAUGAAUAUGAGAAAAAAAAAAACCACAAUUCCAAUACAAGCCAAAAGGAGCUACAGUAUUUAUUUGCUGGAAGCUAAAUUUACACUGACGGUUGGAAUAUAGAAACAUUUUAAUGUACACGUUAACUUUCCUGAAUGGCUUUUUCAGACUUACCAAAUGAAAUGUUGAUCGUGCCAAAUAGCUCAGAUUAACGCGGCAGUUUUGCGGUAUUUUCAGCUUUCCGUGUUGUAGCCCCCCGGCCCCCGUCUAUCCUCCCCAUCCCUCCCGUGGCUUUUGCUGUCAAAGCGUUUUUCUUUUGUGUAGUCUUUACCACUGUUUCUCUCCAUGUCAGCAAGGAUCAUUUGAAUGUCUUCUGCACUGAGAAAGGGGGAGAAGAAACAGGAGGCCCAAACGCGUAGCAAGGUGGUGCGAUGAAAUGGGCCGAGUUCCUCUCUUUGGUCAAGCGAAAUCCCACAGAUCAAAUUCAUCCAGUGUCAGGCAGAAAGAACAAGGGGGAAGAGAGGGGAAUUCUUCUCCCACACAAGGUUUGCCCUUCUAAAGAAGGGUCUUGGUCUCUUCCCUCGAUUAUACACAUAUGGAUUCAGUCCUUUACCCACCUGCACAGCUGAGCACCUUUGCAGCAUGUACCUGCGGGGGAACUAAAGGUUCUGGCCCUACACUUAUCGCUUCAUAACCCCCUUGAGAAAGAUUUUUUUUUUUUCUAAUGUCGUCACUUUCGAUUUUAAUAUUGAAGCUGAGCUUCUCCCGAGUGUGGUGGGUAAAAUUUUUGAAGUGAUCGGAAUUGAAAAGCUUGAAAUAAAAAUGGACAUAGCACCCAAAAGACCCCGCGAAAAUGAUAACGCCGACAUUUUUAAUGCGUAGAAUUAUAGCAUAAAGGAAUUUGGAGAUUUUUUGCUGCCUUGUUUCUAAUGAACACUUCCCUCCCCGACCCUCUUCUGAGAUUUGGAAGUGAUUUUCUAGGGGACUCGUUUGUGUCAUUGGAGACCUUGUGUCUUACCAUUAUAACAGUAAUAAUAAUUUUGGUAUUUCAUAAGCGCUUACUAUGUGCAAAGCACUGUUCUAAGCACUG